AUGCUUUUCAGAAACAUACUAGUUACUGUGACUGGGUUCGUGGCGUUGGGUAUAGCUGCUCCCGUUGCUGCACCCGUAGAUGCUAGGAAUUCAGGUGUGGCGGAGCGGAGCGAGGAUAAUGUUUAUGGCCUCGCACACGCUCUGAAGAUGGAGGGUGAUGAAUACAAGAAACGCGAUGAGGAUAACGUUUAUGGACUUGCUCACGCUCUGAAGAUGGAGGGUGAUGAAUACAAGAAACGUGAUGAAGACAACGUUUAUGGCCUUGCUCAUGCUCUGAAGAUGGAGGGCGAUGAGUACAAGAAACGUGAUGAGGAUAAUGUUUAUGGCCUUGCCCAUGCUCUAAAGAUGGAGGGUGAUGAAUACAAGGCCUAA